CAAUAUAAACUGUAGCUUUAACACAGAGGAAUAUACAAGUGAAGGCAUAAUUAACUGGCUUUCCUUCUGGUUACUUUUUGAGCUUUGGCUUUUGGUGGUUUUAAAGGCUAAACCCUUUAAUGCCAAGGCAGCUGGAGAGACAAGGACCAAAAUGAAACAAGUUGUCCUCCUCACAUGUGUGUCAGUUUUAAGUUGCUGUUUGGCCUCAGAACUGUCUUUCAUGUUGGAGCCCAGUGAUGUGAUUGCAGUAAGGGACCGCCCUCUCAUGCUGAAUUGUCGAGUGCAGGGCGAGCAACCAAUUACAAUCACGUGGCGUAAAAAUGGGUUGCCCUUACCCUCCAGCCCACGCAACCAGGUACUUGAAAAUGGAACAUUGUUGAUCCAGAGAUUCCAGAAACGCAAAGAGGGGUAUAAUGCAGACAUAGGGGAGUAUGACUGUGCUGCCCAGAAUCGAUAUGGCAUGCUGGUGAGCCGCAAGGCCAAAGUUCAUUUGGCAUCUCUUCCAAAGUUCCACACUCACCCAGUAUCCACGUCUGUGGAUGAGGGAGGGGUCGCUCGUUUUCAGUGUCAAAUAAAUGGUGUUCCUGAGGCCAGCAUUAGUUGGGAAAAAGAUAGAGGAUCGCUAAGCACUUCUGACAGCAGGUACACUCUUCUUCCAAUGGGUAUCCUACAAGUAACAGGUGUAAGGAGGGCAGACACAGGGAUUUUUCGCUGUGUGGCCACUAACAUUGCCAACACUCGCUACAGCCAUGAGGCCACACUCAAUGUCACCGGUGGAGCUCCUAAAACCUAUAAGGAGCCAGUCAUCCUGUCUGGGCCCCAGAAUCUUACCAUCACUGUCCAUCAGACUGCUAUCUUGGAGUGCAUUGCCACGGGAAACCCUCGACCUAUUGUUUCUUGGAGCAGGCUAGAUGGGCGUUCUAUUGGUGUGGAGGGUAUACAGGUCCUCGGGACGGGUAACCUGAUGAUCUCAGAUGUUUCCCUGCAGCACUCUGGUGUGUAUGUGUGUGCCGCCAAUCGGCCUGGCACCAGAAUGAGACGCACAGCACUCGGACGUUUGGUGGUACAAGCUCCUCCUGAGUUCCUCCAAUGGCCACAGUCCGUAUCCAGGCCAGCGGGAGGCAGUGCUGUUUUCACCUGUGUGUCUCAGGGUGUCCCUGAUCCCCAUCUAAUUUGGCUGAAGAAUGGCAAAGUCUUGAUGCCAGGGCAAAAUGUCAAGUUGACAAAUAACAAAAGUACUUUGGCUCUGACCCGAAUAAGCUCAGAUGAUGAGGCUAUCUACCAGUGCAUAGCAGAGAACAGUGCUGGUACUAACCAAGCAAGUGCCCGUCUGGCUGUGGUCCAAGCUAAAGACCUGCCUGCUGCACCACAAGGGCUCAUAGCCAGUGCUGUAUCCACCAACACCCUGCAAAUAACUUGGAGUAAUCCGCCCACCAGCGUCACCAAUAACAUCAUUGGAUAUAUCUUACACAUCCGCAAACUGGGCGAGCCUGAUCAUAUGGAACUGCAGGAGGCCAUAAGUAAGGACACUUUUCAGCAUGAUUCAACCAACCUGGAGCCUAGCACAACCUACUCUGCCUUCCUGAAGGCCUACUCUUCGUUGGGGGCAAGCCAGCAGUCCAACAGUGUGGUUGCUACAACCCUAGGCAGUGUCCCAACCCCUCCCACCUACUUUACCAAGGUACUGAACUCCACCACUGUGCAAGUCCUCUGGGAGCUCCCUGGUAAGCCGGGGAAAGUUGAGGGCUUCAGACUGUCCUUUCACAGAGUCCCCCACACUGACUACCAUGAACCAGUUGAGCUGCCUUUUCAUGCCAGUGUUCACACCAUAUCAAGCCUUGAGCCAGGAGCUGUGUAUGAAAUCAAACUGGUGGCCUACAAUGGAAAUGGUGAGAGUGACUGCACCAAGAGGUUGGUGUCGCUGGCAGAGCAAGACAAAAAUGACGAAAUUAAUGGAGGAAACAGUCUAUGUCAGUGCAGGGAUGCUGAAGCCUCUCUGGGCAGCAUCGUUAUUGGUAUCCAUAUUGGCAUGAUCUGCAUCAUCUUUUGUGUCCUCUUCCUUGUGUUUAGAUACCGUCGUAGCCUAUUUUGCAGUAAAGGGUCUCAGGGAAACUGGCCGGUACCAAGAAUCCACGCAGAACACAACAGAAUCCCUAAAGAUGGAGCAAACUACUACCAGGCGGAGUCUGAACCUCAGAUUGUCUGUCCUGCACGCUGCCAAGUUUUCAUUGAGCAGCAUCCGUUGGGUGUGUCUGGCAUGGGAACUGGCUGACAUUGGUCAAUAUUUCAACUUCACCUUCAUUAAUUUUCUUACUUACAACUCUGUCAUCCAAGUCCUGGUAAAAAUUUGUAUAAAUUCUCCAAAAUCUGCUGCUAGUAAUCUGAGUGUUAGCUUGUAGAUUAGGACGUACUCCGGACAUUUACAAGCCAGACCCAGACUAAAACGUAUUGCCUUUAUUGCCUGUGCAGUACAUGUACGUUAUUACGAAUUAACUUGCAUGUAUCCACAGAAAGUACUGUUAGUGCUGAAUAUGACAAAAUUUGUUUUAUCUGUAGGCCUACUACAGAGACACCUUUGCACUCACAGUUUGCUCUAUAACCAAAAUAUUAUAUCCUGCAGUGGAAAACUGACAUAUCAGGGUAUGUACUAUGGUUUAAAACCACAAACUGAAGCCAUAUUUUUUCAUAUGCCUGAGACUAUAGUUUAUGUAUGUUGUUACAGCUUUUCCUUAAGUUUCUCUAACAUAAAAAGCAAGAAAAAAAAAACAGUGACCUCAGCAAACAUUUUUUGGAAGAUCUAAUCAAAAAUGUUUACUGAUUUGUUUAACCCAAAGGCUAGGAUAAAAGGAUUGGAAGAUUUUCUCCAAAGAAAACUAUCUCAUUCUGAUGCAGUGUGUGAUGGUAACCCAAUAAUACUGCUUCAAUCUACAAAUUCAUGUUUAUCUACAAAAUAAAUCUAGUAAAUAACAGUUAUUUUUGACCACUGCCAGUCACUCUACCAUGCCAGUCACUGAGCAUUCCUGUCCAGAGAGAAUGACUACCAUGGAGACCAUAUGCCAUCUGUUAGCGUUCUUCAAAAAAAGCACAAAGCUUUACUGCACCAGAAGUUGAAAUGAGCCUUUUCUCCUGCUCAAGCCAAGACACCUGAUGUUUCCUUCAGUUUUCUAUUAUGAAGCAAUGCCAGUGUCUGUCUUAAAAUCGGUUCCACUAAAGACAUCAUUAGUUGUUUUAUGUCAUGGAAAAGAUGGAUUGCCAAGAGUGCUCUACAGAACUUUGAAGACAACAAUUCAAUUUUUUCAUGAAUUCAUUUGUGUCUGCAUAAACCUGAUGGCAUCCCAAAGCUGUGGCAGAAAGGCAAGUUUGAGGCACCACUAGCAAAUUAUCCUUACUGAUUUUUAACAGCUUGCCAGUGACUAAGGGGGAAACUCACGAAGCUUUAUGGUGAAAUUAACCUGAAUACCUGAAAAAAGACUGUGUAUCACCAGGAAAAGCUUUUCCAAAAAGAUCCGUGGAAACCAAGAUGAAUGAUAUCCAAAGAUGUAAACAUUAGAUUGAUUUACUUUUUGUUUCUUAGAAUUCUCCAUCAGAUAUAUAUACAUUUUCUUUCAGUGUUAUGUUGUAGGUGUUUGAAUGGGGUCACCUACUGUCUCUAUAAGUGCUUUAGCAGAACUUUAACCAAAUGAACUUGAUUUAAUUUCUUGAUUUGAUUUUCCAUAUGAAAACCUUUAGUUUUCAAGCUAUUCCAAGUGAACCCCCAAACGAAGAACUGUUUUUGUUUUGUUGAUUCAAAUAUUUUACUUUUUUAAGAGUGACCAAAUGUUAACAUAUUGGAUAUUUUUAAAACCCUAUUUUAGCACAUAAGGGAAGAAUGGUGUUUUAAAUAAAUUAAAUUUUUGCCAAAUAUUUGUAUUCUGAAGAAACGUGCAACCAAAAACCUGUAUUUCUUUUUUUUUUUACAUUCAAAGCCUUUACCUCAACAUGUUCUCCUUAUCCAAUAACCAGAAUAAUGCGUACAUGAAGAACAGUAAAUAUAAAUGGCUCACAUAGAUAAAUAAUUGCAAAAGGAGUUGUUCUAAGAACAGUUUUUGGUAGCAAGGACCACACCAGAGGUCAAUCCUUGGUAGUUCGCCAAAGAAAACUAAGCAAAUCACCUGCCAAAUAAAGAUCAUAUUAUUUCUACAUGUUUAUACACAUAUGUAUGUAAAUAUAUACAUGUAUACACACACACACACACACACUCACAUAUAUAUGACUUGCAGAAUAGGGACUCAAAAUUUUAAAGGCCUCAGGGUUUCUUCUUGCCAUUUCUAAGUGUCUGAGGUUAAGCAGACCAUUGGGAAUAAAAUCUAUUUUCAUCAGUUCCAUUUUGUAAACAACUGAAAAAGCUGUCAAGCUAAUGUGAAACCAAAAAGUAAAUUUUAGGCAUAAAACCCAAAAAUUCUGUUUGUUUGUAGUAUGAAGAGGUGUAUUGGUUAAACUAGUUGUUUAAAUCAAAAACAUGUUUUUGAAAUGUUUCUUUUCUAUGUCUACUUCAUUUCAGCUAAUUAUUCUGUUUCUUGUGUUGUGCACAGAAUAUCCUUGUAGAAAUUUAUGUCUUCUUUUAAAGAUUUUUCAUUCUCAAAUUUAUUCUUGGAGUUGUAAAUGUUUUGUAAAUAUGCUUAAAAAUCACUGGUGGUAUUACCUUGUGAGUUUUCCAGAGACACAUUAUAAAACACUUUAACAAUUCAGUUAAACUCACAUUUUGUUAUGAAGAACCAGAAAAUUAACAAAAAGAACAAAAUAUCUAUAAAAAGUUAGAAGAUUAUAGAAAAGUAGAAAGAGACAGUAAGAAAGAGCUUUGAUUAUCCUGCUGCAUGUUUUCUAAAAGUUACUUGCUCACUAAAGCUUUAAAACUGUGUCACUUCUUCCCAGUUUUUGCCCUUUGGCAUAAUUGAAAGGGAUUUGGAAAAAUAAAAAUGAGGCUUUAAUAGAGACCAGUGUUUAGAUUUUUCUUUACAAUAUAGAACUUUGACACUUUAAACCUUACCCCAUACAUUUACCCCUUACCCCAAACACAGGUAGGCAGGUCUUCUGAAUCAAAAAUAUUUAAUUUCCUCCAAACUGCUAGGUGUCUGUAUGAAAACAAAACAGCUGUAUCGGAAUUUCUGUAAUAUGUUUUGAUUUUUUAAAUCUUAU